AUGUGGAGCUUUGAGGGGGUUCUAGACCCAGCGGUGCCCACCCUGACAACAUUAGCUGUGGACACUGUGAGGGGCGCCUGGGGCAGCGCCUGCUGGGUCACGGGUGCCUGGCCCCCACGGCUGCGGAGGCACCUGCGUCCCAGCGCCUUGCCCUCUGAACCCGAGCGGCCGCCCCCACGGAGCUGGGCGGAGGCCGGGGGCCGGGAGCGCGCGGGGGAGGCGUCUGCUCCCGGGACUGAGGCGGCGCCUUCGCCUCCCGCCUCUCGGCGACAUCUUGCUCGGGAGAAAAGCGCGUGGGAACGCCGGCUGUGCUUUAGCUGCUGCGCCACGCGCGUCACGGGCCGGGGCGCGGAGAACCGGCUGGCGCCGCGGGGCUUGGGGCUCAGGGCCGGGCUCGCUCCGCACGAAGCAGCACUGCCAGUGAAAGAUGUGGAAGAAAAGCCUGAACACAUCGGAACAAAAGAGACUGAGAAAUUGCCCCCCAGCAUCGAACCUCGACAACAACGAAGUGCCUUAUUCGCUAGAGGAACCAGAAGAGCAGCCAAAAGUCCCCAAAGGUCGUCAAGUAAAAUAAAAGAGAACAAGCACCCAUUUGCUCUUUACGGCUGGGGGGAGAAGCAGACCGAUACAGGAAGCCAAAAAACUCACAAUGUCCGUGCGUCUGCCCCUGUGCACGAGAUUCAUGAAUCUGCGUUGCGGGCCAAGAACAGGAGACAGGUGGAGAAAAGGAGGCUGGCUGGCCAGCGGCAGCGCGCCCACUCGGUGGAAGCGGAAAAGAACAGGAAGAUGAAGUCGCUGUCCUCCGAGAACCCCUGGAUGACAGAGUACAUGAGAUGCUAUUCAGCAAGAGCCUGAGGAGAGGAACAGUUGAUUAAACAGCCUCUUUUUAAAAAGAGUAGAUGAAAAAAAGGAAAAACAAAACAAGAACCAUCAAAAGAAACCGGACACAGGUUUAAGAAACCGAGUGAUCAUGCGAGGCUUUCUUUGGGGACUCUGAGAGCUUGUUUUAUCCUGAUGAACCUCGGUCACCUACCUCAGCAGUAGGGCAGACAGCUGAAGCCAUAGACUUUUGGUUAUUUAUGAAGAUAAUUCCCUAAAUAUUUGAUAUUCUUCUAAGAGUUUUGUUUUAAGGCAUCUUAGUCUUUUAAGAUACUGACACCAAAUGCCUUUAAACGGCUGUAGACGCUUCCCACUCAGUAUUCUUUCACUAAGCCGAGAUGGGCCCUGUCUUUCCCUGUUCGAACACCUUUCCAGUUCCACAGCAAGUAAGGCCAUUCCACCCUACAGCACGAGACUCGUUUUUCCCUCUGCGUGUUUUUUUAUGAAAACAUAUGGAGUCAAAAAUGAGUUUGACCACUAUGGAUUCCAUGCGUAAUGAAACUAGAACUUUGGCAGAUCCUGAACCAGUAAACUUAUUUGUAUUUCAGCUGCUCAGUAUUGCCUUCGCAUAGGUUGUGAUGUUUAAGAAUUAUCUGGUUUGGGGAAGGGCCACCUUUUCUCUUUAAAUGGCCAUCUAGGUAUUUAUUAUUUAAUAGUUGAGUAGUUCAGAUACAUUCCAAUAAACAAACUGCUGGUGUAGGGUGUUUAGUGUAGUUAUAAAGUCUCCUCUGAGUCAAAGACGGUCACGUUUCUUAAUUGCGAGAUUACUCUUUUUUUUAAGAACAGGUCAUAUGAGCUCGGUCGCUUGUUAGAGCCACAGCACUCGUAUUUACAGGGCAUAAACUGAGCUUCACCUAGUAAGUUGAGAUGGUUCCUCCCACUGGGGACGGGGGGCCAAAGUGAAGGUGGCCACUAGGGAUGUCGUCCACUCCUCUCUCCGCUCUCCCACAGAGCGAUAACGAAGUUGUGAAGACAGGAUAUUCAGACUUAGGUCGAAGCGCACUCCUCGGUUCCUAGCCAGCAGGGCGUAGGUGCGCCUGAAUGUGGAAGAACGGAGGUGUGUGCUCAGGCAUAAAUGCAUGUCACCAGUGCUCCUCCUUUUUAGGGCUUAACACCUCUGCGGUUAAAAACAAGAGUUUUAAAAACCACUGAUCCACCUGAUGAGUAAAGUCUUCUCCAUCCUGCAGAAACAAGAGUCCCCUAGAAGGAUGAAUACUCAGUUCUCUGCAAGAGAUAAGCAAGUCCUUGGCCUGGCCAACUUAGCACAGAAGACCUGCGGGUGGAGGCGUGAGACCAAGCGUUUCCAGGAUGGUUCCCCUCUGGCUCUCUGAAGUAUGAUAGCCACUUUUUAGACCACGGUUUGUUUCCAUUCCACAAUGAGAUCAUUGCACAGUAUCAUCUUGUAACUACAGUAAGCUUUCAGAACUCAUACUGAAGAAUCCUGAGUUUCUAACAAACAUUUUAAAUAUUUGCAUUGUUUCGAGGUGAUUUUUGUUUGUUUGUUUACACAUAGAGAGCUGUCCUAAUCACUGACGUGUGUUUAAUCAGAGGAAAUUCUACUUGUUGUCCAGACAACCUUCCUAGUGACUCUGGUGGAUUCUGGUGUUGACUGCUAUUAAAGUCUCUAGCCAUUGUGGGUACCCGCAGAUCACGAUGUGGCAAUUGUGACGGGGUAGCUGCGUUUUUAAACACUUCUUGCAUGUUCAUUUUAGCCAUUUCAGCUCAGGCGUUGUCUUGCACCUGACAAUCCUAGGGCAGUCAUGAGCCCCACACUGACAGCUGCCUUAGAAACAGCUUCCUCCAGACUUCGGCCCAGUCAGGCUUUCGCUGGGAAGACAGACUUGCAUUGAAUGUGCUUAUUGCUGAAAACUCCAGAUGGAGGUAAAACUGAGAGGGUGAUCUUGGCCAAAUUCUCCCCUUCUUUUUACAGAGAGGACAAAUGGAUACGAUUUUAAAAAUUAUUUUUAAUGUGCACAAACAAUGGAUAAACCGAUAUGGAUGACUAUAGUUGUGAGUCCCCUCCUACAUCUCUGUCCUUAGUUGGUUGUGGUUUCUUUUCUUUGUGUUUAAAGAAUUGACAGUUACCUUUUGAACCCAUGAAACUUAAGUGAUCACCUCGGAUGGUCUGCUCUUUCCUUCUUACUCUACGAAUGAAUAUGAUCAUGUCCUACUUCUCUCUGCAAGACGGAGAGAGAGGUUAGAAUGACCUUUCAUGCUGAAAAGUCUGAAACUGAGAAUCCAGUGGCAUUUAAAAUAAAUGCUACAUAAAAGUCUUUAAAAAUGAUCUGGGUUUGAAUUCUUACAGCAGUUUGCUCCCAGUGUGUGUUUGUUUCUGUUUUGAAUGUAAAACAAAGGUAAGAGUGAAGUGCUAAUGUCAGCAGCUGCUGGAUGGAAGCGAAUGAGAGACUGGAAGCUAGGUCUUUUUCUUCAACGCCACUGCUUUAGGACGGGUCAGAGCAUUUGGUACGUCUGAUUAUAUGUAUAUUCCUUUCCUGACAGUCUACCUAGGCCCACUGACGUGUUUAAAGUCCUAGUGGUUCAGGAGGCUAGUCGGCAGUCGUGCAGUUCCUACUUGUGUCUUUGUCACUGUGUUUAUCGAAGAUCAAUUGCAGGCCGUGAGGAAGGAAGGCGCAUGUGCAGAGAUCACCUGAGGCAGCAGAGGAAGCUGCCAGAAAGAGCAAGACGUCGCUGUCGUGACCGAAAGGCCUCGACAAAGAAUUCUGCACUAUCUGCAAAAUCAAAACGUCAUCGGGGCUCUCCCUGCCCCUUCUAUGACAGUACUGGGCAUAGACCUUCUGAAUGGAGUGGUAUGUGCUUGGUGCUUAAAAUGCUGACGUGUUACCGGCCGAGAAGAAAAGAAGCAACAGAGAGAGACAAGGGGAUUUUGCUGUUAAGCUGAUUGCUGCCAUGAAAAAUAGUUUUAAAAAACCUAGCUGAAUGGACAGUUUUGCAUUUCACGGGACUAGAUAAAAAAUGGUGCUAAUGUUUAUAUAGCUUAAUUCUGUAGUCGGUUUGGUAUCGAGCUGUGAGUGCCCGACCCAUAUGAGACCCUUACUAUAUAGUCUAUAUAAUAUCAGUUAAAAGUUAUUUUUAAAAAGUGAUCCUAAAAAUAGGAGCUAGUCAUUUCAAAAUGUUUGCAUUUGAAAUGCUUUUUUUUGUACGAGGGGUCAU